AUGGAGCCGACCCCCACAGUGGGAGAAACAGAAUCUCAAACUCAGCAAGUUCAACCUCCAGAAGAGGAAAUCAAACCAGUAAAGCUUUCCCGGAGCCCGCCUCACAAAGUACUCCUCAAACAUGGCCAAGAGCUGGAGGAAGAGCAGGAAGAGUUGGCUGAGCACCAGCCACUGGAGCAAGAAGAUCUCAACUUUGAACGAUUCAAGCGUAGACCCUUACCUCAGAGGACCCUUCACCAGAAAAUUAUUGACGUGAAGACAUACCUGUGGAAUGCAGAAACCAAGGAAUUUAUGGGCCGCUCUGGAAAGAGUUGGAGCCUUAUCCUACUAUUCUAUGCUACACUUUAUGCCUUCCUUGCAGCCAUGUUUGGCGGCUGUCUGUUUUGCCUCAUGUGGUCCAUUAGUCCCUAUCAUCCGACUUACAAUGACAGAGUGAUGCCACCAGGUAUGACGAUGGCUCCACACCUGGAUGGUCAUGACAUCCACUUCAACGCCUCCGAGCGAAGAUCCUGGAAGAAGUAUGCGCGAUCAAUGGAUGAGCAUCUAAAACCAUACAACGAUGCAGUGCAGGACAGGAAGAAUAUGCGCUGCACACAAGAUGGGAAGUAUUUCAUGCAGGAUGACCUAAGAGAGGACGAGGAGAGGAAGGCAUGCCAGUUUAAGAGGUCUUGGUUGGGGGAAUGCUCUGGGAUGCAGGACCCCCACUAUGGCUAUUCUCAGGGAAGACCAUGCAUCUUACUUCGAAUGAACCGGAUUCUUGGGUACUUACCCGGGGAAGGCAAACCAAUUAACGUUACUUGUGAAGUCAAGAAAGGACCACCUGAAGCCAUUGGACAGCUGCAGUUCUUUCCAAAGAGUAUUUUUGAGUUGAAGUAUUAUCCUUACUACGGAAAAACUAGACAUGUAAACUACUCAUCUCCGGUGGUUGCAGUGCGUUUUGCCUCAGUGCAGUACGACACUCCGCUUCAAAUAAAGUGCAAUCUCAACGGAAAAAACAUAAUCAACGACUCGCCCACUGACCGCUACCUGGGCAGUGUCACCUUCUCCCUGGUAGUGGGAGCAUAA